GAACCGCCGUCGCCAUUGCUUUCACUUACUAGCUACUCCUUCCCCAUCGGCGGAACACGAAAGCGCUGCGCGCCGGAUGAUUAUGUACAGAGCCGAAUUUACGAUAACAUUCGCCAGCGACAUCUAACCUUUUCCGUAGAACUCCGUAUUAACGUAACCUGCAUCACAUCUCGCUUCCUAUAGCACCAUUGCACGAGGACCAUCCAACGGUAUCCCCGUGCCCAUCAACGGCACGUACUGCGAGGAUUGUGAGUGGAUGCAGGGCUGCUAGGACUCAUGGAUGACACAUCGUCUCAUCUGACAAUCUAUAAACAUUGAAAAGGGGACAGUCUGGAAUUUGUGACAGGCGAGUGGAGCGUCUUUCGAGACCAUAACCAACGAACACAACGAACCAGAAUGACAGCAACAGCAGCCGAAAAAAGCACCUCUAGCACCGAUCGUGGGGCGUCCCUGGUGGAGCCAACAGCCGCAAAUGGUGACCCGGACCAGUCUGUCCCCACCACCAAGGAGGACAAGAUCACCAGCAUGCGGGUCAUCACGGCCGUACUGGUCGUGCUGGCCCUCCCCCACUUCGUAUUUGGAGGGAUCUGCGCCGCAACGGGCAUCGUCCUCUUUGGUCAGUCACCCAUCUGGCUGGCCUACACCGUGGCUCCCAUCUGGAGUGGUGGUUGCGUGGUUAUAUGUGGCGGAUUUGGCAUUGCAUCGGCCAAGAGCAAAACAGCCUAUGCGAUUCUGUGCUUCACGGCCGCCUCAGUGGUCAGCCUGAUUACGUGCGUUGUUAGCAUCCAGUUGCUCCGGUUGGGACUGGUCAACCACACCACAGACGGACAGACCUUCCUGAAGGACUCCAUGGACACGCUGGUCAUGGUGGCGCUGUCCACUACGGCCGUAGCCUGCGCCUUCAGCGUGCUGUCCGCCAUCGUCAGCGGGCUGAUCGCCUGGCAGUUGAAGAAGGAGCAGAAGAUAAGGGGAAGGCGGCGGGUUCUCACCAAGGAGGAGAUGAUCGCAGAGAGACAGAAGCAGCUCAGACAGCAAAAAGAACAGGAAAAGAAAGUGUUGGAUAGGAUUGAGAAAGAGCGGACCCGAGCAGGAAGGUAUCAUAGGAUUUGAGUGGGGAAAAAUUGGCGGGAAAGUCUUCAUCCUUCGUCAAAGCCUCAAGGAGACAGCAUACGGUGUCGGAUGGUACUUGGAAAACAACGCCAUUCACCAGCCUAUUUCUCUUCUUACGCUUUUUCUCCAAACCUACGGGCCAGCAGUAACACAAAUACAUUAUAUAAAGGCCUGCAACGUUCCUCAAAUGACUGAAAUGCGACUUGAUUCAAAUGGCAAUCAAAGUUCCCAAUUUGUAUGUUGACGGUACAGUCACGUCCCGAAAAUAGUCACGUCCUUAAUGUUAAUACGUCUCUCAGAUUAGACGGUGAACUUGCUUAAAAACAUGUUUGAUUCUUUGCUCAACAUUCGAACCGAAAUUAUUUUGUCUUUUCGCUGCCGCUUGCUUUUGUGGCCAUGCAGUUUCAAGAAAGGACUAGUGGAAGUUACUCAUUGUAAAUAAUAAUUUUCGACAUUUUUAACAAAGUAAGUGUGCCAUUGUGUGACCUUCACAAGUGUUGUACAAAAUACAAUCAUUAAUAAUGGCACUAGGUAUUGUGAAUAUUUUAAUAGUUUACAACUCUACACAGAAUUGAAAAAUUAUGGCUGAAGAUUUUUCGAAAUAAAGUUGUUUGCUUGGAAGUGUUGCCGUAAACAACAAAGUAGUUAUUCUGAGUAGUUAAUUAGUCAUUAACUACCAUUUUGUAAGCAACAAGACUAAAAACUCAGUGCGCUGUGUAGAUAGUUUUCCGGCGAUAGAACAUUGACCAAAUUGUGAAGCUCUGUCACUUUGUAGUGUUAACGCUGUACCAACGGUGGAUUUGAACAGAGGAAUGCCGUUGCCAACAUUUGAAGAGGCUGUACCUUAACAUGAGCCUAAACGACUUGUAAAAACUUGUAAUUUCACUUGUUAAAACUUGAGAUGAAUGUGUUAGAACUUGUGAUGAAAUUUACUGCAACAGAAACAAUGCCGCGCCAGGAUACGGUAGUAAAAGGCAAAUGCUUCUGGGCAAACACAUAAAAAACAUUCUGAUUCAAAGUGCUAAAUGAAUGUUGAUCGCUUAAGGGUAUUAUGCAAAAUAUAUCGGUUAGACUUUCGUUUAGAAUAUCGUCGUUGUCACAUGCUUCGUUAAUCAAUCAGAAACAACGAGAUUCGAGUUACGAUAUGUUCUAUCGUAAAUUAGAAUUAGUCACAAAUGAAAAAUGAAUAUGAAUACUCAUUGCUAUUAUCGAAAUCAACCAACCAAACAAUAUUCCGUUUUGAUCGGGUUUCCUACCCCUGUUAAAACUUCUGUCUUAGUCAAUUGAAAUACCGUCUUUAUUGUUUAGUCGAAUUCAAAUUAUGAGCACACAGGAUUACUCGAUUUAGUCUUGCCGAGCCUAAAGCACGGCAUUCAGAAACGAAUUCAUCUAUUGCGCAUUGCAAUUUAACAAUCACUGUGACAUCCAUGAUAGAGGGUACAAGGAUCGUAGAUAAUGAAACACAGAUGUUUUCCUCUUUUAUAUCAAUAAAUGCUUGAUUCUUCGAAUCAUUUUUAAAAUGUCCUCGGUACACACUUGAGUACCAGAAAAAUAAAGGUCAUAGAAGUUUGAUCAG